AUGGUUUAUCAUAAAACCAUCCCCACAGUCUUCUUGUUUGUAUUUGUGACCCUAUACUUUGUGAUCUCAUCCGAUGCGGCUACGUUCACAGUGAGAAACAAUUGUCCGUAUGUUGUUUGGGCCGCUGCAAAUGCUCCUGGAAAACCUGGUGGUGGAAGACGGCUCGGUCAAGGCGAAACAUGGAACUUUAAUAGUGAUCCAGGUACCACCCAGGCUCGGGUUUGGGGUCGCACCAACUGCAACUUUGAUGGCGCUGGAAAUGGUGGUUGCCAGACCGGAGACUGUAAUGGUAAACUUGUGUGCCAAUCUUAUGGACGCUCACCAAAUACUUUGGCAGAAUAUUCUCUCAAACAAUAUGCAGACCAAGAUUUCAUCAAUCUUUCGGUGAUCGAUGGAUUCAACAUUCCAAUGGAGUUCAGUUCUGCAUCUGGACAAUGCACCCGCAAAAUCAGGUGUGCCGGAGAUAUUAUAGCACAAUGUCCUAGCCAACUUAGAAUGGACGGUGGGUGCAAUGGACCGUGUCCGGUGUUGAAAACGGAGGAACAUUGUUGCAACUCUGGAAAGUGUGGACCAACUCCACUCUCUAUGUUUUUCAAGCAACGUUGUCCAGACGUCUAUAGUUACCCUAAGGAUGAUCCCACCAGCGUCUUCACUUGCCCUUCCGGAACCAACUACAAUGUCAUUUUCUGUCCGUGA